AUGCUCCAACACCUACGGACAUCCGGAAUCACCAUACCGAAUCUGCCUUUGAUCAGCGAUGAUGGAAGGAUACAGGAACUUGUUGAAGGGUCGGUCAGCGACGACGACGAGGAUCGCCUCGGUCAACCCCGGCAGGAGGCCCUUCCUAGUCAGGAGAGCUCCUUUGGUGACGAGGCAGAACCAGCUACAGCCUUCCCUACGCCGCCUUCGCUUCCAAACACCAGUCCUCAAGACAGUGCAUGCCAGGCGGUCUUGCCGACGCUUGGCCAAACUGGUACAUAUACUCAUUCCAGCCUCUCACACGUAAAUCGACAUACUCUUGGGCCCAGUCCCAGAUCAACCACGUCUACAGCACUAGAACCAGCCUCCAGUGCUUCACACAACGGCUGGAAAGAGGCUGAAGGCCCCAAGUUGGUCCCUGACGAGAGCACAACCAUCGAAUCUUCCAUGUCUCUUUGCGAAGCAAGAGUUGCUGGAGUAUAUCAUGAUCAGGGCCGAGUCUCAUCUGUUCACGGCCUUGCUGGUAUCAUGAACCCAACAUGGCGAGAGCGUCACAAAGAGAACAUCUCGAAACUUGCUUGGAGAGGAGAGGCUGCCAUUGCCGAGUCUAGGGCACGGCUUAUCAGCAAUGCCGCAUUACAGAGACAAAGAGAAGGGCAGAUCACGCGUCAGCCGAGGAGUACAACCGAUCUCGACGGUGUCAGCGGUGACCUGGCAAAACACUUGCUCGAUCUUCACUUCAAUCGAACUCAUUAUGCGAGCAUCAUCACCUAUCGACCGGCCAUCAUAGAUGGCUUGGCCCAUGGCGGUCCUUGGAUCAACAAACUGCUACUGAACGCCAUCUACUACUCCAGCGCGAUAUAUAGUGAUCGGGAAUGCCUUCGAUCUGAUCCAAAUGACGUACAGACAGUUGGCGAUCAGUUUUAUGCUCGCUUCAAGCAAUUGCUGGCCGACGAGAUUGACGUGCCGAGCAUCCCAUCGGCGAUGGCGCUGCUUCUUGUAAGUGCUACAUUGGUCUCUCAAGGAAAGUCCAGUGCCGGCUGGAAUCUUUCCGGAAUGGCCUAUCGAAUGAUCACAGAUCUAGGCUGUCAUAUGGCUCUCGGUCCGGAUUAUCAGAGUGAGGCUUCAUCCGGACACGGCCGGAAGCUUCAGCGCGAUAUGGAACAAGAAAUGCGUAAGCGACUUUACUGGGGCGCAUACGUUACAGAUACUACCCAGGCAAUGUAUCUCGGCCGAUCAUGCAUGUUUGCAUCUGUGACGGCUCGUGUGCCUUUGCAGCUUCUAGACACCUUCGACGAAAUGGAACUGUGGCAGCCCUACGUGGACAAGUAUUCGACGGCGGCAUCCUCUGGACUGUCAUUAUUCGAACCUCAACCGGCUCGCACAGUGUCGACCUUCAUGGCUCUAGCUCGUCUGCUUCAGAUAUCUGCCCGAAUCACCGAUCUCUACGACAUCAAAACAAUCAAGCUGAACGGUGACUCGGUCCAGGACAAAGGACGGUCGAUAGAAUGGGAACUUGAGAAUUGGCGUGCAACGCUGCCUGAACAUCUUCACUUAGAGCCUGACAGCACAUCUGUCCCUCCACCACACCAAUCAUCCCACACACCACCUGCCACGCUCUCACAAUCCUGCUUCACCGAGCAUUCCUCGAGCAAGGACAUCUUCGAAGGUAUUCGAACGAUGCUGCAAAACGCCGCGGCGAAGAAGUCUGCAUACGUAGCGCUCUCAUGA